AUGGCCAGGCAUGGUGCCAAGACAUCCUUCCUACUGCGGCUCUCCCUGCUCCUGCUCCUCUGCCCAGGGGGGACCCUGGGCUGUGCCUCGGUGGCUGUGGUCUCACCCAUUGUGCCCCUGGGCUCAGCUGUCACAGCAUCCUGCACCAUCCAGAGUGAGCUCUGCCACAUCUUGGAGCGGGCGAGGGUCCAGAUCUCCUGGAUGCUGGACAACGAGCCUGUGGUUGGGAGCCAGCACCAAGGCCUGGGAGGCACGGAGGUGUCCAACCUCACCUUGCCCCACUUCAACCAGACUCAGGCCAAGCUGUGGUGCUGUGUGGAGUGGAAUGGGACCAAGCAGCGCGUUGGCAUGGCUGAGAUCAGGGCGGGCUACCCACCAGCAAAGCCCUUCAACCUGAGCUGUGUCCUGAACCUCACCGACUAUGGGCUGACGUGCCAGUGGGAGCAGGGAGCCAGCAGCCACCUCCCCACCAGCACUGCGCUGAAGUGUGCCAGGAGCAGAGAGCAGGCAGUGACAGGCUGCAGCCCGGCAGGUGGCCGCAACCGCUGCACGGUGCCGCGCCGGCUGCUGCAGCUCUACCGGCACAUGGAGAUCUGGGUGGCUGCCACCAAUGCCCUGGGCACGGCUGAGUCUGAGCAUCUCUACAUCGACCCCAUGGACGUCGCCAAGCUGGACCCCCCAGCCCUGCAGACCAUCCAUUCCAUCCCCUUCCAGACCGACUGUGUGGCACUGGCCUGGGAGGUGAGCCGGAGCAAUGCCCACAUGGAGCUGCAGUGUGAGCUGCGCUACCGGGCACCUGAGGACCCUGCCUGGUCUCUGGUCACUGGCAUCGUCGGCCAGGCUGGCACCACGCAGUGCUGCGGCUUCCUCUUUGGCACUCAGUACCACUUCCAGAUGCGGUGCCGGCGGAGCUCAGCACAGGGCUACUGGAGUGAGUGGAGCCCAGGCAGGAAUUACACCACCCAUGAGAAAGCCCCCACAGGGAAGCUGGACGUGUGGUGGAGCACUCAGCUGACCGGGGCGGAUGGGUGGCUGGAGGUGCAGCUGCGCUGGAAGGCCCCUCAGCGGCGGGAGGCAAACGGGCGAGUGCUGGGGUACCACGUCACCCUUAGCCCCAGGAAGAGGGGCAGGGACCCCCCCACUGUCUGCAACACCACCCACACCCACUGCAACUUCUCCAUGCCUGUGGGCACCAGGAGGGUCUAUCUCUCAGCCUACAACACCGCCGGCGAGUCAGCAGCAACUGAGGUCACCCUCCUGGAGACGAAAGGUCAGCCCCUGGCCAGGCUGUGGGCUGUGCCCGGGGGUGAGUACAGCCUCCAGGUGCACUGGGCAGCACCACCAGCCCCGGUCACUGCCUACAUCCUGGAGUGGCAGCAGGUGUCCUCAGAGCCCAGCCACUGCAGUGCCUGCUGGCAGAUGGAGCAAGAUGGAGCUGCCACCACAGCCCUUAUCCAGGAUGGCAUCGAGCCUUUCCAGCAGUACAACCUCUCACUGUACCCCCUCUACAAGGACACCGUUGGGGUGCCCAUCCACACCACAGCCUAUUCCAAGCAGAAGGCCCCAUCCUAUGCCCCAAAGCUCCACCUGAGGAGCAUUAGCAAGUCCAGUGCCGAGCUGUGCUGGGACCCAGUGCCAGUUGAGAUGCAGAAUGGCUUUAUCACCAGCUACACCAUCUUCUGGGCCAACAUCACCACAGAAGUGUCCAGUGCCUCUGUGAAUCCCUCUCUCAGCUCCUUUGUCAUCCGCGAGCUGAAGCCAUCAACCCUCUACAAAGUGCACAUCAUGGCAUCCACAGCCGGUGGCAGCACUAAUGGCACCAGCUUGACCCUGGUGACCACAGUGCUAGAUGACACUGAAGUCCAGUUCCUCUUCCUCACCCUGGGGCUGAUCUUUGUCUUGCUCAUGCUUCUGCUCAUCUGCUUCCACAAGAACGGGAGGGUGAAGCAGCAGUUCUGGCCCAGCGUGCCCGACCCUGCCAACAGCAGCCUGGGCAAGUGGUUGCCAGCAGAACUCCAGGAGCCGCUGCAGGUGCCCGGCGUGCGGGAGCCCGGCCCGCCCACCAUUUCGACUGUCACCGUGCUGGAAAGGGCAGCGGGAAAGCAGCCGCCUGCCUGGGCCAAAGAGCCCACCACCGAGAUCACCGGCACCUUCCCCGCCCUGCCACAGCCCUACGUGCGGCAGGAGGGCCCCGGCACGCUGGGCCGCGGCCGGCCGGCCGUGCAGCCAUGCCGGGGUCCCGGUGGGAGCGGGGACACCGUCCAGUACGCGCGGGUGGUGGGCGAUGGGUACAGGGGCCAGCAGCAUACCCCGCCGCGCCUCUACCUGCGCUCCAGCUCCACCCAGCCCCUGCUCCUCGACGCCAGCCCCAGCCCCAAGCCCUACGAGAACUUGGGCUUCCACCAGUUCCACGGGACCGCUCCGCACGGCUGCCGUGAGGACGACGGCUGCCCCGAGGAUCUCCCCGCCACCUUCCCGCUGCUACAGGGCCUCCGCAUCGGCGGGGCCGAGGAGCUGCACGACUGCCGGACGUUUUAG